AAGUAAACAUGGAGAUAAUACGAGCUCCGUACAAGAGGACUAGAGUGAUAGCUUCACAGGGAGAAGAGUUGGAGCAACACAUCGUUACUCCUGGUGACGUCAUAACACAGAAUCUGGAUUUUAUGAAGUCUCACGGAACUGCUCUGAGUCACGAUCACAUCUGUGCUACAGUUGCUGGUGCUGUAUACAAGGUAGAUAAGCUGGUGAGUGUGAAAGGAGUAAAUAACAGAUACAGAGGAGAGAUAGGAGAUGUGGUGGUGGGGAGGAUAACUGAAGUUCAGCAGAAAAAGUGGAAGGUGGACUGUGGUUCCAGAUUAGACUGCCAACUACAGCUGAGUUCAGUGUACUUACCUGGAAACGUUCUGCGGAGGAAGACCCUUAAUGAUGAGCUGAUGAUGAGGGAGUAUUUCACUGAGGGGGACCUCGUCUGUGCUGAGGUAUCAGAUGUAGGGAAUAUAGACGGUAUGUUAAAGUUACACAUGAGGUCCAACAAGUACGGGAAACUACCUGAGGGGGUUCUCAUCAAGGUCCCCAGCGUGCUAAUAAAAAGAAGCAAGCUCCAUUUCCACAGAUUACCAUGUAACGCUACUGUGAUACUUGGGAACAAUGGGUUCGUGUGGGUCGGACCACAUUUCUCACCAGAUCAGCCGAUUGAGGCGUUCACGAUAAACUCCAGAGAAACAAUUGCGCGUCUUAGUAACGUGAUCAGAGCUCUAGCUGCGUACGGAGUGCAACUAUUCGACACUAUUAUCUUAACUGCCUAUGAUAUCUCUAUGAAGUAUAAGGUGAAGGAGCUGCUUAAUGCGGAGGUUAUGGAGCAUGUGGCCCAGGAGAGUUAUGAACAUUCUCUACAUCAGAAUUUGUAGUUUUCAAAAUUAAUUUUUAAAAUAAUUUAAACCUCUGUCCAAAUUAAGCUGGAUCACUAUUAAUUUAUUCUUUUAAUGCACUACGUUCACUGGGGAAUGUACUGAAUAUGUCAUUAACUGCAGUGGUUUUUAAGUUGAUAUAUUUGUCAAAUCCUUUUAUUUAGAAACUUCAAUUCGGGAAUUUGAAGUUUUUCAAUUUGGUUUUUGAGUAUAAUUCCUUUUAAUCAA